AAUUACUCGUGAAACAACGUCGUUUCACCGAAAGUAAGCAUACUCGUGAGAAGAAAAAUUGAGGAGCGAAGAAGAAGCAGAAGCAGAAGGAAGACGACAAAGUGUUGUUGCUCUUGGAAGAAAUGGCGAGAUCGACUAGUAAGGAUGCUCAGGAUCUCUUCCAUUCUCUUCGUUCUGCUUAUGCCGCUACACCAACGAAUCUCAAGCUCAUCGACCUGUAUGUUUGUUUUGCGGUCUUCACAGCUCUGAUCCAGGUUGCUUACAUGGCUCUCGUGGGAUCGUUUCCAUUCAACUCAUUUCUCUCAGGAGUUCUCUCGUGUAUCGGAACAGCAGUUCUUGCUGUCUGCCUCCGGAUUCAAGUGAACAAAGAAAACAAGGAAUUUAAGGAUUUAGCACCAGAGCGAGCUUUUGCUGAUUUUGUUCUCUGCAACUUGGUCCUGCACCUGGUGAUCAUAAACUUUCUCGGAUAAUCCUCUCAACUUACUACCUCCUCAUAAACUUGCUCUCAACAAUUACUACAGUGCUUUCAUACAUCAAACACCUGUAGUACAGAUAUUUAAGAUUUUUAUCAGAGCAGCAACUUUUGUCCUAAUGCAUAGAUGUUCGUUUUUUUUCUUUUUGUAAUGAGACUUUAUCAAGUGAUGGAGCCAACCACACGGCCACUUAAGGUUCUA